AUGGCGACUUCUUCGAGCGGCUUUAAUCUGUCGAGUUUGGGGCGCAAAGUGUACGUCUCGCAGCGUGGCUUGGAGCAUGUUCUGAAGGAGCUUCAAGAAGGUGGCCUGUUGACCAAAGACGUGGCGUCCUCCAGAAAAUCGAUCAAGAGAGCCAGGAAUGAUGAUCUCGCUGCCAAAGCAACGCAAUAUGGGAGUCUCAUCCAGGAGACGCACAUUCAGUAUGAGGAUGGGUCGGGCAGGACUGUGAACUUGCCCUAUAUUGCUCCAGCAGCACUGCUUGCGCACAUCGCCCAGCAACCGACUUUCGGGCACUUCUUGUGCCUCAAGCUGCUGGAAUGCCCCUCCACGUACGAAGCCCCUUGGGGGCUGUGCGUAUAUGCCGACGAAAUCACGCCUGGCAACGCAUUGAAUCCUGUUAAUUGGAGGAGGCAACAAGCAAUCUACUGGAGCCUGAAGAACUUCGGUGCUCAUGGCUUAUCGUGCGAAACACUGUGGUUCCCCUUGUGUUGCCUGCGGUCACACCUUUGCUCCGAGAUCGGCGGAUUGACUGUGCUUUGGAAGCACAUGAUGAGGCUCUUCUGCGAAGGACCUCACAAUCUGCACGCAGGUCUCAUCCUUCAGACCCCGGCCGGCUCUCGAGUUCUCUUUGCAAGGCUAGCGGCCCUGAUAGCAGAUGAGGCUGCCAUCAAGCAUAGCUUAGAGAACAAGGGGGCGAGUGGCACGCUCUUUUGCGUGCAGUGCAGCAACGUUGUUGCUGCCCGCAGCGGGCUCAGCGAGGCUUCCAAUGACGUGCUGUCGUCUCUCUGCUUGGAUGUGUCGCGAUUUAAACUUCACACCAAUGAGACGACCCGCAGAUUGGUGAACUACUUGCAGGAGCAGAGCGGACUUCUCACCAGGAGCCAGUUCAGCGAACUUGAGAAGGCAUUGGGGUUUAACUUCAAAGCCGAAGGGCUGCUCUGCGACAACCACGUUGGCUAUGCCAUACCCGAAGCCGUGAUGUAUGACUGGCUCCAUAUAUAUCUUGUGCAUGGCGUUGCAGGCAAUGAAGUGGGUGCGCUGCUAGGUCACCUGCGAGAUGCAGGAUUCCGGGAAAAGCAAAUCUCGGAGUUUUUAGACUCCUUUCAGUGGCCUGCGCAGUUUGCUGGCUCGAAGCCAACAGGGCUGCUGCUGCAGAAAAGGGAGAAUAAGAGUUCGCCUCUGAAGGGAUCAGCGUCGGAGCAGCUGAACUUUCUGCCAGUGCUGCGACUGUUCAUCCUCCUCUUUGUCGUGAACAAUGGGCCCGAAGAAGUUCAACAGCCUGUGCGAUGUUUUUUCCUCUUGUGCAAGGUUCUGGAUCUUCUGCAACAGGCCACGCGCGGUGAACCUGUUCAUCCAGAUGUGCUGCACACAGCCAUCGUGCAACACUCACGCUGCCUGCAGGACACAUACGGCAGUGACAUAUGGGAACGAAAACACAAAAUCCUGAAGAGAUUCAGCAAUCAAAUGCACUCGUCUACGUCAUUUGAGUCCAGUUUGCUUCAAGAUGUUCUGGCCGUGCAACUGGAAGCAUUAGAUGAAGAGCUUCCCAGUCGAGAGCCACGCCUGCUUCACAAACGUGCGGCAAGCAAGAAGCUGAAGGAGCUUGUGCAGCAAUCGCUGGAGAGCCAAGCGCCCGUCUUCCAGGCUGCAAGCGCCAUGCACGGUGGAGGCUUCCACUGCUCCCCGGGGGACGUGGUGAUCUUCCAGCUUGAGAGCCGUGAGCAUGUGGGACGCAUAGACUUCCUGGUUGAGUGUCAGAGGCAAUCCAUGGCCUGCGUUUCUGCUUGGGAGCACGUGCAUGGGUACAUGUACAGCGUGCAGCGCACACAAAGCUUGCUUGUGCACAUCGCGAGCAUCAGUGCAU